CUAAUGGUCCAUCCCUAAGUACCAUAAAGCAAACUGAAAAGGUUGUCACUGUACUCCACAGGUAUGGAAGCAACUCCACUGCCCAAAAUGACAACCAACCGAGCGAUUCUAGUCCAAUUAAUCCUACUCUUUUCUCUUGCUCCUUCGGCCGUUUUGCUCAAUCAAACUUCUUUUCCAUGUACAAGUGAGAUAUUUUGUCAUGGCAAGUUACUUUUUGACAUCCAAAUGGCACGACCACGACUCUUUAAUGACUCGAAGUCCUUCGUUGACAUGAGGAUGAAACAAAAUGAAGCGCAAAUAAUGAAAGUUUUUAAAGCACUUGGAGAGAAACCAAGCCGCGAUGCACUUCAAAAAUUCGUCAGCACAUAUUUUGAGUCUCCUGGUAAAGACCUGGAUACUUGGAUUCCAGAAGAUUGGAAGGAAAAACCUUCAUUUCUUAAGAAGAUCAAGGAUAAAAAGCUACAAGAAUUUGGAACGGCUCUUAACAUUCUGUGGAAAAAGCUAGGCAGGAACAUCAGCACAGAAGCGCGAAGCCAUCCAAAUCGUUCCUCACUGAUCAUAGUUGACAAACCUUUCAUAGUCCCUGGAGGGCGUUUCCGAGAGUAUUAUUACUGGGACACAUUCUGGACGGUAGAGGGUCUACUGGUCUGCGAGAUGGAGCAAACUGUUCGUUUUAUGAUCGACAACUUUGUGCAGCUGGUAAAAACCUAUAUGUUCRUCCCUAACGGUGGAAGGAUUUACUACCUCAACCGUAGCCAGCCUCCAUUUUUCAUCCCAAUCGUCGAACUAUACCUUAAUGCUACCAAUGAUUUUGACUUUGUAAAGGGGAUUCUUUCUACUCUUGAGGCGGAGUACAACUUUUGGUAUCGUAAUCGUACUAUAGAUGUUGAAAUAGCAGGUAAGAAGUAUCGUUUAAACCAAUACGCUGCAGAUAUGAACACACCAAGGCCUGAGUCGUUUUACGAGGACGUGCACACAGCGGAAGGAAAAUCAGAAAAAGAAAAAGCUGACGUAUACCAAGACCUGGCGUCAGCAGCUGAAAGUGGAUGGGAUUUCUCAAGUCGUUGGUUCAAGAGAUCUUCAAAAAGCAUAAAGACCAUUCGCACAAGAAAGAUUAUUCCUGUUGAUCUUAAUGCUGUCUUGUAUCGCAACGAGAAAACGUUGGAGAGGAUGUACAGGCGAGCAGGGAAAACUUUAAAAGCCAAUUAUUUCAAACAACUUGCAGAAAGAAGGCAAGAGGCGAUGGAGCGGGUGUUCUGGAACGAGAAUGAAUCUGCAUGGUUGGAUUACGACCUAGAAUCCAAGUCUUCAAACCCAGAGUUUUAUGCUUCUAGUAUGGUUCCACUCUGGGCGGGACUCCACCGAGGGAACGUGACCCGAGAUAAACUAGUUGUCAACAAAUUAAAAAUGCUUAGAGUCCUUGACUUUCCCGGCGGCGUACCGACUUCUUUGUCAAACUCCAGUCAACAAUGGGACUACCCAAACUCAUGGGCUCCGUUACAGUAUAUGAUCCUGGAGGGAAUGGCAAAUUCAGCGGAUAAGAACAUACAACACACAGCCUUUCAACUGGCGCAGAACUGGACACUUACCAACUAUAAAGCGUGGAAGAAARCUAAACACAUGUUUGAGAAGUACGACGCCCGUGUCCAAGGUGUACCAGGGGGAGGGGGAGAGUAUGAUAUUCAAGUUGGUUUUGGUUGGACCAAUGGCGUUGCGCUGCAUAUCUUAAAACGAUACCCAAGUCUUCUUCAAAUACCCACAUCUGGGCAACCAUCCUCGAUAGCAGUAUCGCCCAUCAAAGUCCUGUUCGUAGCAUUCAUAGUGGGAUUAUCUUUGUAAUGUGAAACAUGCUGAUGAAGUUCAAGGACUUCGAACCGAGUACUGUAUGAAGUGUGUGUGUGUGUGUUAAGGGGGAUGCUUAGAUUGGAUAUAUAUUCCAGAUUACAUAGUUUACAUAGGAUUAAAAUGUAGAGUCUGAGAGCUGAUAACUUAGGCCCCCUCUCCACCGUUAGUGGCUUUCUAAGUGUCAUUAAACUAGUACUAAUAGGAAUAUGAGCAUUAUUUUUCUAUUUUUCCUAUUUUUCAUGACAAUGUUUUGUUGUUGUUUUUUUUAAUUUUUUAUAAAAAUGCCAGAUAACGUUUUCAAGGAUAUUUGGUUUUUGAUGACUACGCAGUACUAAGGGAAUGGUCUACUCUUGUGCUGCCUUUACAUGUAAACUGAUUUGGAUAGAACAAUAAAGACUUACACAUAGCAAAAAACAUAA